CGGCCUAUUCAUGAAGAAAUGGCACGUGAUUUCCGCUUCGCCACAGCCUGCUCAAGCAUGAGAAGCCACAAGGCGGAAGAUGCCGCGGUUCUACCACCACCACCUUCACUUACCUGUGUUCCCAAAGACGCAUCUCGCCCUCGUGCGGGAUUGAGUGCUGCGUUAGCCUAUGCUCCAUGUUUGCCACCACCGGAUUUACCCUUGGACCUCAUUACCACGGCACAGAGUCAAAAUCUACGCGUGCCCGCCAUAACAUCAAAUGGUGGAGAGCCACGACUACAGACUCAAGCCCCGCAAGACUGUCCUAAUAUGAUCACGCUGAAUAGUACAGGUAUACGAGCGUUUAAAUGUCCCUAA